CUAGCCUUCAGAAUUUAGAAAAAAACUUACAGAUUAAAACUGUGUAACAGAAAAGGGAAAGGGGAUCUUAUCUGGAUCAAGAACCUAGUAGACUUUCUGGAAGCCUCCAUCAGACACCAAGCAGACAUUGCAGCAUAUUACUGCUUGCCAUGACAACCAUGCAAGGCCAGGGACAGACCGCCCUGGACACUGGCUUUGGGGUGCAGCAGCUGGGGCAGCCUGUAGCUCUACACUCACUCCUAUGGAAAGGGCUGACGGAGAAGUUCUUGAAGGGGGAGCCAAAAGUCCUGGGGGUUAUGCAAAUUAUCAUUGCCAUUAUGAACCUCAGCUUAGGAAUAUUAAUAAUGUGCAUCACGGUUCCUUAUACUCCGAUACGUCCUAUCUCAGUCUACGCAGGAUACAUGAUUUGGGGAUCGGUGAUGUUUAUUAUUUCAGGAGCCCUGUCCACUGUAGCAGGAAUAAAAACUACAAAAGGUCUAGUCCAAGGCAGUAUGGGCUUGAACAUCGCCAGCUUUGUGGUAGCGAUAAUAGGGAUCAUAGUGACUGCACUGAGCCUGAGCACCGCUCCAUUUAGCUAUUACUGUGGCUAUAGUGAUGUCUUCAAUGGUUGUUUUUUCAUUUCAGGCCUGGAUGGUGUGGUGCUCCUGCUGAGUGUGCUGGAAUUCUGCAUUGCUGUGUCCCUCUCUGUCUUCGGAUGCAAAGUAACCUGUUGUAACCCUGGUGGGGUUGUGCUAAUUGUGCCAUCAAAUCCUCAAAGGACAGAAAAAGCUUCUCCUGUUCUUCUUGAAGGAGGGAUGGUCCCACCAACAGGCCAAGACCAGAAUGUCCCAGGAAAUAUAUUCUGAGUAAUACAAAAACACUUGUGGCAAAACAAACAAACAAAAAAACCAUAAAUGGACUCUGAUUUGUGUGUGUGUGUGCAUGUAUGCACAAGUGGAUGUAUAAAUUCAGAAAUCAUGCUCUCAUUUUUCCCCAGAAACUUAACAAUGUAUUCUACACAUUCUGCUGAAUUUGUGUGAUAUCAUCAGAAUUUGAACAAAUAAAUCAUGCAUGUAAUGGGUUA